CCGGAGCCGAGGAGAAGGGCAGGAGACCGGAGGGUAACACUCAGCUCUGCACAAAUGAGUUGUGAAUGUUGCUGCAACAAAUAUGACUUGGCACUUGAUGGCAGCUGAAGCCCCACAAAACAUGAUCUUUCGUGUCAUCGAGGCAGACCGUGUUAGAAAAUUAAAACUCAGCUCCCGUCCAGCCUCUGUUGAUGCAGUGAUUGAGAUUUUAAAAGAACAACUGGAAUUGGACUGUGACUUCAGUUUGCAAUACAAAGAUCCAGACUUUGAUGGAAAACUCACUUGCCUUGUUGACAUCGAGGAGUUACCACAAAAAGCCUGUGUUCAUAUUUCAGUUAGACAGGAUUCCAGUUCUCUUGCAUCAACUGAUACCCUUUCAGAUGUGUCAUCCCCAGAACAUCUGAGCAGAUGGCCUCCAGGUCCUUUACAAAUUCCCACAUUUGCAUUUGACGUUGAGCUGACACUUAGAGAUGGGAAUGCUGAAUUUGAAAAGAAUGAGAGACCUCUUCAGUUGUCAAGGGACCAAAAGCACAAUAUUUUAGACAAACUGGCAUCUACCAUAUAUGGUUUUAAGGCUUACCCCAGUGAUAAAGAGAUAGCAAUGGUGGCUGAAGCUCUUGUGAGGAAACACCCCUGUUUAAUAGAAGCAGGAUCUGACAAUGGAUGGGAUGGCUGGAAAAACAGCAUCAAGUUUAAAAUGGGCAAUUACAGGACCAAGAUGAGAAGGGCUGGAUGUCAGGAGGUCGCUGUAAAUGCUGGGAAAAGAAGCCGAAAAAACCCUGAGAAUGAACCUUCACACUCCAACAUCAAAAGGCCUAAGUGUGCAGAGGUCAACUUUCUGCCUAACUUUCCUCAAGGAGAGGAUCCCUCAAGCCUUGACCUUUUGAGGCAGGCUAUUGUCGAGGAAGUAAAGAAGACUGAGAGAAACCUAUCCCUUAUUAGUAAGAUGAUGCAGAACACGUUUGCCUUGCGACGACAGAUUAUUGUAAUGUCCUGCCCACCGGUGAAAGAGCUAAUGGACCUCUGGCCUGCUCUUCAUAUGCAGUCUGAGGUAUAUGUAGAGUUCCAACGGAUAACUAACCAGAACCUACCUAACACUUUCUAUGCCGAGCUUGAUCGCCACACUCCUCGUUUGAUGGCCUUAUUUAGACAGAAAGCUUCCAAAA